AUGUACCAUUUAAUGUUGCCAAAUACCAAGUGGGAAUACCAAGUGAAAAUUGUGGGAAUUUGUGGAACUGGUGGGAUAGGAAAGACGACGGUUGCGAAAGCUGUUUUCAAUAAGAUCUUUGAUCAAUUUGAAAGUCGUUGCUUUCUCAAUGUAAAAGAAGUUUCAGACCGACAAGGUAUAAUUUAUCUCCAACAACAACUCCUGAAUAACCUCCUGAUGGAAGAUGAUCUAAAGAUAUGUCAUGUUGACUACGGGAUCAAUAUGAUAAAGGAAAGACUCUGUCAUAAGAAGGUUCUUGUAGUUCUCGAUGAUGUGGAUAGUUUGAAGGAAUUAGAAAAUUUAGUUGGAGCAAGUGACUGGUAUGGUUUGGAAAGUAAGAUCAUCAUAACAACUAGAAAUGAACGUUUGUUGGUAGAGAACAAAGUUGAUCAUGCAAUAUAUAGGGUUGAUCUAUUGAAUGAGGAUGAAUCUUUUCAACUUUUUAGUUGCCAUGCCUUCACAAAGAAUAAUUCUGAAGACAAUUAUUUGAAAAUCUCAUGGAGAGUGAUACAUUAUGCCCAAGGCCUUCCAUUAGCUCUUGAAGUUUUGGGUACUUUAUUAUAUAAAAAAAACAUAGAAGAGUGGGAAAUUAAUUUGGAUAAGUUAGAAAGAAUCCCAAACAGAAAAAUUCAAGACGUUCUUCGACUGAGUUUUGAUGGCCUUGAUGACAUGGAUCAAAAGAAUAUAUUUCUCGAUAUUGCAUGUUUUUUCAAUGGAUGGUUUGAAGAAUAUGUUAUGGAUCUACUGGAGAGUUGUGGCUUUUACCCUCGCAUUGAAAUACCUGUUCUUAUUGAACGGUCACUUCUAACUAUCACGGAUGAUAGAAUAUUGAGUAUGCAUAAUGUGGUACAAGAAAUGGGUAGAGCAAUUGUUCAUGAAGAAUCACCUGAUCCUGGUAAACGCAGUAGGUUGUGGUCUUUUAAAGACAUCAAUAAAGCGACGGAAGCGAUUAGAGGCAUUAUGCUAAACAUGCCUCGUGGCCAUCUAUCAGAGGAGUUACUCGUAAAUGCUGACGUCUUUGCAAAGAUGAAGAAACUAAGACUGUUAAAACUUAGUGGGCCCGUACGGCUUUGUGGACAGCUUACAUAUCUAUCAAAUGAAUUACGUUAUCUUGUUUGGAAUGAUUAUCCACUAGGUUUUUUGCCAUCCAAUUUCCAUCCACAAAAUCUUGUUCAACUUCAGCUUCCAAGAAGCCCUAUCAAACAAAUUUCAACUGCAAUCAGCUCUUCAAAUAAGUUAAAAUUGCUUUGUCUCCGUGACUGCCCAUAUUUGAAAGAAACUCCUGAUUUGUCCAGUCUCCCAUGUCUCAAGGACUUAGAUGUUACAGAAUGUGUAAAUUUAGUUAAGGAUCACCUUUCCAGCGGAGUUCACAGCAAGCUUGUUUGUGUGCAACUCAACGAAUGUAUAAAACUGGAGAAUUUUCCAAGAAGCAUUGAGUUGAAAAAUCUGGAAUAUUUCAGUUUGUCAGGAUGCGUAAAACUGGAGAAUUUUCCAGAGAUUCAAGGGGAUAUGGUUCGUUUGAAGUAUCUUAGGUUGUCGAAUACUGGAAUAUACGGUUUACCAUCAUCAAUUGAGCAUCUUAAUGGGAUAGAGAGAUUAGAUCUAACGAGGUGCCAAAAGCUUAAAAAUGUUCCAGACAACAUUUUUUUGUAGAAUGAAGCGUUUAGAACACCUUUUUAUGGAAAGAGUUCCUAUGACACAGUUACCAUCAUCCAUUGUACACUUGAGUAAUCUUAAAACACUUACACUCUCUCAUUUUCAAAAACAAUCUACCAAGAUGCCAUUUUCAUUUUUGGGAAAGAGAAAAAGAGGUAAUUCAACUUAUUUGCAUCUGGAAAUGCUCUCCGGUUUAUGCAAUGUAAAUGCUUUACAACUCAGUAACUGCAAUUUAUCAGAAGAAUCUUUUCCGAAUGAUAUUAGCAGCCUAUCCUUGUUGACAUACUUAAAUGUGAGUGAAAACAAUUUCGUUCACAUACCAGCAAGUGUCAUUCAACUCAGGAAUCUUGGCGAGAUUGAUUUGACACAUUGCAGAAGCCUCCGAAUGUUGACGUCACUGCCGCCAUCCAUAUAUGUCAAAGGAAUCUUCUUAGGUGCUCUCUGUGCUGAUGUUUCGGAAUUUGCUGAUAUCUCAAGAUCAGUGGCUAUUGAUCUCAAAAUCAAUGGUUAUUCCUUAUGGUAUCAGGAUUUAUUCUUUCAGUAUUUGUCAAACCAAGCAGCAAUUUGUACACGCAUAGCUGAAUAUUACGAUGUGGAUGAAAGGGCCUAUCGACCAAUUAUGAAUUUGAUGAAGAAGAAACCAAAGCUCAGCGCAGGCCCUCCCAAUAUUUGUGAUGAUGCCUGCUACAUUGAGGCUACAAUUCGCUUUCGAAAUAUGAAUGUCAAGAAAUGGGGUAUCCAUAUAGCAAUGGAGUCAGUGCAAGGUUAGUAGACCCAGCGAUAUUCAGCAAUUAUUAUGUAA